GCGCUUCUCGACUGUCACGUAAACAGCUGAGUUCCUCCACAAGUGAUGGUGUGGCAGUACGGCAGCACUUUCCAGGCGUAAAAGAGGAGUCUCGAAAAAGAAGAUACUGUAUCUCGCUACAUACUUCAAAUACAUGAUAACAUUUGUUUCCUCUUUUUCUUUCGACUGACUGUAAUCCAAGCACUGUGUCUAUGACCUCCCUGGCAGGCCGGCUGGAGAAAUGUACCCCCCCACAAGAAAGGAUUUUGUGUCUUUAACCCUGCCUGAGCGGGACCCCCGCACCUACAAUAACGGGAAGCAGUGGCGCAGGCAGUCCUGCUGGAGGAAAUGGAAGCAGCUGUCCCGGUUGCAGCGCAGUCUGGUCCUGGUGGCACUGCCGCUCUUGGUGAUGUGUCUGGUCCUGGUGUAUCCCAGACUGGCCGGACGCUGGAGAGGCUUCGUCGAUGGAGGGGCCAAGGAGGAGCCGGAGAAGCAGCAUGACCACGGCCUGAAGCCCGUCAUCCCAGGAGUGGUGCCAGGGGUCAUACCUGAGCCCCCCAAACAGAACAUACCCGUGCUGCCUGAAGCUCCUCCAGUGAAGAAGCCAUUCCCUAAGCGUGGACCCCCAGUCUUACAGAACCGCGCACAGAAGAGAGGGAAUGUGUCAGACUCGCAGGUAGAGGAGGAGAUGCCAGUGGUGAAAAGCAGAGAGCAGGGAGACGGAGAGAAGCCACUGGUCAGUUGGAGAGGGGCCAUCAUUGAGGCAGAUCAGACCACUGACCCUCAGCCGUCUGUGCAGGAGAAGGUUGCAGUGCCUGGGGAUCCUGCAGAGGGUGCCACACCAAAGCCUGUUGACUCGGCAACAAGGCUGGAGGCAGUGAAGGAGGCUUUCAGACACGCCUGGAAGGGUUACAAGCAGUUUGCCUGGGGUCAUGAUGAGCUGAAGCCCAUUUCCAAGUCUUACGGAGAGUGGUUCAACCUGGGACUGACCCUCAUCGAUGCUCUGGACACCAUGUGGAUCAUGGGCCUGAAGGAAGAGUUCAGUGAGGCCAGGGCUUGGGUGGCCACAGAGCUGUCCUUCUCCAAGAACAUCGACGUCAACCUGUUCGAGAGCACCAUCCGCAUCCUGGGAGGCCUCCUGAGCACUUACCACCUGACCGGGGAUGCUCUGUUCCUGGACAAGGCUAAAGAUAUAGGGUCCAGACUGAUGCCCGCCUUCAACACGCCCUCCAAAAUCCCGUACUCGGACGUGAACAUCGGGAAGGGCACGGCCCACUCCCCCCGCUGGACGUCGGACAGCACCGUGGCAGAAGUGACCAGCAUCCAGCUGGAGUUCCGUCAGCUGAGCCACCUCACUGAAGACCCGCGCUAUAGGGAUGCCGUGGAUGAAGUGAUGAGAUUGGUGCACAAACUGGAUGGGAAACACGACGGCCUGGUGCCCAUGUUCAUCAACACCAACAGCGGCCAGUUCACCCACCUGGGAGUGUAUACGCUGGGGGCGCGAGCCGACAGCUACUAUGAGUACCUGCUGAAGCAGUGGGUCCAGGGAGGGAAGAAGGAGACUGAGCUGCUGGAGGACUACCUGAAGUCCAUGGAGGGGGUGAAGAACAAUCUGCUGAAGAAGUCUUCUCCCAGUGGACUCACCUUUGUGGGGGAGCUGUCCCACGGGCACUUCAGCCCAAAAAUGGACCACCUGGUGUGCUUCCUGCCAGGCACGCUGGCACUGGGCGCCCACAACGGGCUGCCCGGGGACCACAUGGAGCUGGCCAAGCAGCUGAUGGAGACCUGCUACCAGAUGUACGUGCAGAUGGAGACUGGCUUGAGCCCCGAAAUUGUGCACUUCAACAUGCAGGCCGGGGAGGGCCGUGACGUGGAUGUCAAGCUCGCCGAUAGACACAAUCUCUUGCGGCCGGAGACGGUGGAGAGCCUGUUCUAUCUGUACAGGUUCACCCAAGACCGGAAGUACCAGGACUGGGGCUGGGAGAUCUUCAAGAACUUCAACAAGUACACCAGGGUGCCCUCCGGCGGGUACACCUCCAUCAACAACGUCCGGGACACAGAGUACCCUAACCCCCGGGACAAGAUGGAGAGCUUCUUCCUGGGGGAGACGCUCAAAUACUUCUUCCUGCUGUUUUCUGACGACCCUGAGCUGAUAAAUCUCGACAAGUACGUCUUCAACACAGAGGCCCACCCCUUGCCCAUAUGGCCCAAUCAGCCCCCGGCUGAAGUUUGACCGGGGUCAUGAAACGUAGCACACGUAGUUACUCAUCUCAGGGCAUAGGAGGAAACAGAGAUUUAUUUUUUCUCUUGGACCCCUUCACCCCCCUGCCUGCCUGCGGGCUGGACUGCUGUGGAAACAUGCCUUACUGGAUGCAUCUACUGCAGGGCAGAGGUUUUUAAUCCAUUACAGUUGGCCUUAAACAUGCAGGUGCUUUGUUUUUUUCAUUUCCCCCUUGAUACCCUUUGGGUAUGAGUCUGGGUUUUUUCCCUUCCUCUCCUCAUUGAAAACUCUGGGACCAUGACUGAGGUGAUGGAGCUGGUUACUCCAGAAGACGUAGAGUGGACUACCCUGCCUCAGACCCCUGAAACAUCUCUUCCUCCAACCUUCCUUUUCCAGACUGAAAUCUGAGCCAAAACUGCCACCCUCCUGAGGCCCUUGCAUUCCUUGGUGGCCUUCACUACACCCCUUCCCACCUCACCUGAACUUUAGUGUGCAAGAUGGACUCCUGGUGAUGAACAACAGUCUUGCACUUUCUGCCAGCCAGUUUUUAUUUGAGCCUCUCCCCUUGUUUUUUGGUGACAAAUUUGAGUCAGUCAUGAGCUGCUAUUUUUUUUCUUCUUCUUCAGUGGCUGAUUUCAAAGUAAAUUCGAUUAGAUUUAUUCAUGUCCAUAAGCAAGGGCAUUCUUUCCACAGCUCUUAUGGAAACUAAGAAGUGCUGGCUCUGUUAUUGGGGCCACCACGAAUUGUGAACACGACACUUCUUUAUCCACUUCUUGGUAGGUAAAAAAAAAAAUAGAUUACAUUUUGGAUUGAUUUUUUUUUUCCCUCUUUUUCUAUUAAUGUAUAUUGUGUUGUGUCUGUGAAAUCUGACAACAUGCCGAUUUUUCUAUAUUUUUCCGAGAUGUUGGGAGUGCAUUAUGAGAGAUGUAGUGACUUGCAUAUUGCUGUGUGGUCUCUUCCACUAUAAAGGCAUUGAAAAGUAUUUUCCGAUGUAAAUGCUAUAAAGAAUUUCAAGGGUCGGGUUUCUCCCAGUCAAAAUAUGUCGCUGUCAGACCUGGAAGCCGAAUGCUAGUCUUAAACCUGCCUUCAGCUUCGUCUGUGAUUGCCAGUACAAGUCUAUCCAGGAGAAUACUCAAAAGAACUAUGAGACUGCAUUCAUUCCUGUAAAUAACAUUUUAAGUCACACAACUCACAUUUUCAAUUUUGGACUACCUGUCAUCUAUUCUGCAACUACGUUAUUUGUAGUGUCAGAGGUUUUGCAAAGAACAUGGCGUGUGCACAGAAAUACUGUAUUUGACAGACUGUGACAUGCCUGUUAGAUAAGGUAUAUUGUGUUUUCAGGUUGGCUUUAGAGUAGCGGUAUUAUAUUUUACAGUUAACGUCAUAAAGGAAUAAUAGCACAUCACCUAUGCAGUAAGCAUAACGGACCUUUUUAAAAGCAUUUUCUAAAAUCUAUUCACAGUGUAAUCCUUUAGGUUCUGCCUGUUUGAAGUUUGUUUUGCAUUCCAUUGUUCAUUUAAGCUGUGACUUCUUGGGUUUAAUGGCAUUUUGCAAUCAGGUGUUCUCAAAUUUCACAUUGAUAUCUACUGUAUGAAACACUGGGGUAUCUAACUAAUUAAUCAGCGAUGUGCCGUUUACCUAUUCAUUUAUAAUCAUAUCAGACACAGGGCAUAUAUUAAACAAAAUGCUUCAAUGCAUCAUUUGCCAAAAUGAAGGCAAAAUCUACUUGGGAAUACUUAAAAGUAGCAACAAGUGAGCACCAACCUAUCACUGCAGGUGAUGUCACCCCUUAAAGCCAGAAUGUGGAGAGUUGGUUAUUUGUGGGGAAAUCUCUGAGCGUGACUUGCACAGGGUGACGGAUGAUUCAGGGAAUGCCCCUAUUAACUACAUCAGGAACUAAAGCCCACUGUGUGUGCCCCAACGUAGAGGCGAGUUUGACCCAUGGUGACGUACUGGAGCAUUGGAUAAAGGAGCAUCUCACAUUGCUUAGAUCUGGGGAACGGGAGCGACGGUGCUCUCUGCAUCAGGCUUUGUGUUCAGCGCACAAAUCCUUCGCCACCCGUGUAGACUCCAGCAGUAUCCUUACACCCUUAUGCACGGGCUGAAAAUGGACCACACUCUCGCGCAGCUGCAAGCCGGCUGCAUUCCUGCCUGGUGUCCGCGGCUCGUCUUUGCCAACCACGACGAUGCUUGCUUUCAAAACGUGCCUUCGGAGUUUAGCUGAGCAAAGACACCGUUGUAGAAUUGUCUUUUCUCCAUUCCAUCCAUGUUCUGCGAUUCCUCGUUCACUGUGGUAAAUAUUGAUUUCCCCAUUUUGUAUUUUUUAAUGUUUACAUUUUUCUUGUGGAUGUAUUUAGAAACAGAGAGCUAUAUUUUUUAUUAAUUUAUAAUAUAAAUUUCCUUGGCACGGGGAGGUUUCUAAUCAAGAAUAUUCUGUUGGUUUUUGUGCAUGGUUCAGGUGAAUACCAGUUCAGGCCUGAAGUCUAAUUAUGUACAUUUGUCAAUAGUGCCGUGAGUCUGCUUCAAAGGCCAGGGAUUUUAUAUGGAAUAAGAACUUUACAUGCUGAACAUUAAGUAGACAUCUCAAUAAUAAGUAAUUAUUGUUGGGGAUCUGUAUUCUCACCCUUACUGAUUCCUUCUUGUUACAAUGGGUUAAAAGGCAGCGUUGCUCUUAUCUAUUUUGGGCUAUAGCUGGAUUGUGUAGCAUUUUCACACAGCCGUUUCUCCCAUUAGGGACUCUGUUGUAUGUUUAAAGCCUUUGGCCUAUUGAUGUCACAUGAUCCAAGUGACAUAAUUCAACCUUCUUACACAUUAUCACAGAAAAACUAUUUGCCAGUUAUUCAAGCACAUUUUUAAAAUGUUUAAUGGAUCGCUUUUAAAAAAGAAAAAAAAAAAAAAAACACCAAAGACAUGGUUGAUCCUCCCCAAAGACUCUUAGUCAGGAUUUCCCCCGUAUUGUGGGUGCCACUUUGGCUGUGUCAUGCAGAAUCUGUUGCACACACGCCAAAAUGGAGCAGUAGCAACAUGGAUGCCUGACAGCCAUCUACAAGCUUUGUAUGAAGAAAGAUGUUUUGUACAUGUCAUCUGGGCUACAUUAAAAUUUUGAAAUAAUAA